CAAACGCGCAGUCCGUGCGCCGCGUGCUCGACCGACGCCCGCGCCCGGCGCCCUCAGCACGCGCGCACUCACUGAAAAUGUGCGAAUAACCUCAUAACUGUGAAUCGAAAAUGUCGUUGACCCCCUCCCGAAUUCCACCGGGAAGCUUGUGAAGUGAUACUUAGGCACAAUAAUGCCGGAGUGCCCCGAAUCUUUCCCUUUCACGAUACCCAUCAUACGGUUCACCAUGGAGGACGACAGGCCAGCCAAUACCGAGAGGCAGCAGACGAAGAAGAUGUCCUUACUCACCCCGGUGAAAAUAGAAGUCCCGGACACAGGUAGACGGUCGUCUGAACCUACGAGAUAUUACAUUCCACCGCAAUGCAAUAACAAACUGUCACCAAGAACAGCUAGGAAACACGAUACCAGAAGGAAAUCUAAAUCAAGUUCGCGAGAAUCCCCUUGUAAAGAGACUCUUGGUCCUAAACCUUGUAACUGUGAGGAGUGUAGAGCAGCAAGCCCUUUGCCUCCUGGCUAUGGGCCGCCUACAAUGUCGCCUGGCUACGAUCAGAUGAAGAGUUCUUUGUUAGAGGUUCCGUGGACCGAGGACUAUACGGAAGCGUCGAGCGAUGAUCUGAGCUCUGAAUGGGAUUCCGAUGCGCCUGAACCCGUCCCUCCCCCGCGCCCCAUACAAAAGCAAUCAGAAAGAUGGAGGAAGCUCCGGAACAUAGUGCAAUGGACGCCGUUCUUCCAGACCUACAAGAAGCAGCGGUACCCAUGGGUCCAGCUCGCCGGACAUCAGGGCAACUUCAAGGCCGGGCCGGAUCAGGGCACGAUACUAAAGAAGUUGAGUCCACAAGAGGAAAGGUGUUUUAAGUUGCUGAUGAAGGACAUACUUCGGCCAUUUGUACCUGAAUACAAGGGGCAAGUCACGUGUGAAGAUGGAGAACUGUACUUACAACUGCAAGAUCUUCUAAGUGAUUUCGACUGCCCCUGCGUCAUGGACUGCAAGAUCGGCGUACGAACAUAUCUAGAAGAAGAAUUAGCGAAGGCAAAAGAGAAGACUAAACUAAGAAAAGAUAUGUAUGAAAAAAUGAUCCAAAUCGAUCCUGCAGCGCCGACGGAAGAAGAGCACAGAAGUAAGGGUGUAACAAAGCCUAGAUACAUGAUUUGGAGGGAGACUAUUAGUUCCACGUCAACACUUGGCUUCAGGAUAGAUGGCGUCAAGAAGGCAGAUGGCACGAGUUCUAAAGACUUCAAGACUACCAAGACAAGAGACCAAAUUGUUGAGGCUUUCAAAGAUUUCACUGCGAGCAUCCCAACUGCCGUGCCAAAGUACCUCGAGAGGCUGAAGAACAUACGUGCUACGUUAAUAGAAUCUAAUUUCUUCCGAACACACGAGCUUAUUGGCAGUUCCUUACUUUUCGUCCACGAUAAGAGAAAAGCAUCCAUUUGGAUGAUAGAUUUUGCCAAAACAGUUCCUGUACCUGAUGGUAUAAAUAUCGAUCACAAUUCCGCUUGGAAGGUCAGCAACCACGAAGACGGCUAUCUCAUCGGCAUCAACAAUUUAAUAUCUAUAUUUGAAUCCCUUAUAAAAGACAAUAAUGGAAACAUCGAGUGCUUUUCUAAUUUAACAGUAGAUAAAAAUGUUAGAAUGGACACUUUAGCGACCUGAAAUUUUUAAACCGUUCCAAUACAGAGAAAGUCUGUAGUGUGAAUUUAAUCUUUGAAUUAUAUUUUGUACAAAGACGAAGUACCAUACACUGGUACUGAAGCUAUUGAUGAUUGUAAAUAGUGUUAUAAGACCGUGAUUGUAUUAUUGAUAAGUUGUUUAUAAUACUCAUCUUAGCGUUAGAGAGGAACGUCAUUGGAUUUAUAUUUUGUAAAUUUCAUUGAUGACGUUAUUUUGUUUAUAUUCUAGAACCUGACGAUAAAUAUUGAAUAGAUCCCUUUUGAAAUACCGAAUAAUAUAGUCCAAGAGAUAAAUAUUUGGCACGGCCAAUAUGUAUUGAUAUGGAAUGAUAAGGAAUAGUGGUAUAUUUCUACGUACUGAUGUACAUAUUGAUUGAUCAACUUAGUCUAUAUUUAUUGGUAUUUUAAUAAUAAACGUACCUAUUAUGGAUCCGUACCUAUGGAGCAUAUACAUUGUAGGAUAUUUUUAAUAACAGGCAGAAUAUUAAAAUAUAUUAUGAUGGAUCCGCUCAUAUUUUAUUCAAAAUUAAUGCUAUUUUAUUUGAUUCCUAACUAAUUAAAUAGAUCAAUAUUUCUUCAAUUCUGGAAAAAUAUUGAUUUAUUUAAUUAAUACCUAAACUGCUAAACAAAUUCUGUAAUUAAUAUACCUACGUAUGAUAAAUGCUUCGAUCUGUAUAAUUAUAGUAUCAUCACUUCACUAUAUAUUACUAUAUUAUUGAUGUGUUUAUUUGGUUAUGCACUUCUACUAAAUUCUGGCGUAUCGAAUCGAUGUUUGUGAAAAGCACUAAUAAGUAAAUCAAUUUAAGUAAUAAAUAGUAAUUUAAAUGAAUAUUGGAAUAAAUAUUUCAAUUAAUUUACUAACAAUUAUUGUCAAUCCGAAUUUCUCACAUUUCUUAGUCAGAUGUGGGUUUUAGGAUUUUUGAAGAAAAGACAAAUAGACACAAUCAUGAUAUAAAUAUUUAUUGUUAUUGUAACUACACUAUAUUAGUGUAACGACUAGAUAAAAUUUAAUUCCUAAGUAAGAAUACGUAAUAUAAAAUUUAUUUGGAGACACUAAUUAAAACAUAUCACAUUUU